UUUUUUUUUUAAUUUGCUGUUUUCAAUUUUUAGUUUUUCUUUUUUCUUUCUUACUAUAACUACAAAAAGCAAAAAAAGUUUAUAAUUAUGCAGAGUCAUCAUAGAUAUGAACAAGUUGCUCAAAUUGAUCAAGAUACUAUUGAGCAGCAACAAAAUAGUCGACCUAUUGCAGCUCAACAAAGAUCUGAUUUAGAAGAUACAUUCAACAUUUAUGAUGAACAAGAAGAUGAUUACACAGUGGAAUCAACUGAGCAUCAUCAGUUACUUCCUGAACAUACAUCAACUACAGAAAUACAAAGGGUACAUCAUAGUGCACCCAUUGUUCAAUCAAACGAUGGUGUCUUUUCUAAUAUAUCGGCUAAACCUGAAACCGACAAAGUGGAAGAGCUGCCACCAACUUAUGAAGAGGCUGCAGCAGAUGCAACCCCGCCUUAUUGGCAAACUACAGUGAUUGCUCCAGCAGGAAUGGGAGAUAUAGUUUUAGUAGAAGGUUUACCAGUUGGACAUUUAUUUAGCUUUUUAUGGAAUAUGAUGGUCUCUGCUAGUUUUCAAUUAGUGGGAUUUAUGCUUACUUAUUUAUUACAUACAACUCAUGCAGCAAAGGAUGGUGCUCGUGCAGGUUUAGGAAUUUCAUUAAUACAGUAUGGAUUUUAUGUUCGAAGUCGGGGAACAUUAGAUGAAGACUUUGAUUAUGAUGGCGAAGGACAUGAAACAGUGGGUCAUGAUGCUACACAAGCAGAUUUAGUUGCAUAUAUCAUGAUGUUCAUUGGUUGGUUUAUUAUUCUUCGAGCUGUUUCUGAUUAUUUACGAGCUCGUAAAAUGGAGAAUAUUAUAACCUCAGAACCCAAUUCUACAACAACAAAUGCUGAUAAUAUAGUAUGAACAACUAUUCAUAUAUAUAUGUGUGUGUGUAUGUAUGUAUACACAUGUAUAUAAUAUACGUAUCGUAAAAUAAUACCCUGUAAAUUGUUUAAUAAUAAU